AAAAGGAAAGAAAAAAAAAUUGAAAAUAUUUUAUUCGUCUUCCUUUUUGUAAUUAAAACGGAGAGCAAGGAAAGAAAGGAGGAGGCGUUUGUGUGGUGACCACCACUCUUUAUUACCAAGUCCACAACCACCAUAGGUUUCUUUCUUCCUCAUCACAUCAGCCACUUCCAUUCCUAUAAAAUCCAAUCCCUCCGCCGCGCCUCGUCCCUCUUCUCUCUCCACCACCUUCCUCUGCUCGUCGCGGUGGCGUCCUUCUUCCCGUAAGGUCUUCUCUUCUCCCCGGAGGAUUCCAACAGGCGGUCUACUGUUGAUUUAUUCAACAAAUUUCGAAGAUGAGUCAAUUUUAUCUUCAGCAGAACGUCGUUGCCUCUUGUGAUGAAGCAAGGGGUAUGGUAUCGAUGUCUGAUCUCAGGGGUCCUGUUGUCUGCCCCAAGCCUCGCCGAGUUGGAAUCCUGGCUAACAAUCCUGUCCGCCCUUUAAGGUGGCAACUGUGUUCUGUUAAUGUCAGUCAUCAGGCGGAUGGGAGCGAUAUAAGUGCCGGGUCAGAGCUUUUGGACAUUAUCCUUAAGAAGGAGGAUUAUGGAGCUGAGAAAUCCGCCGCUCAGGUGGCUUCAUCACCUCCAUAUUUUUGUGGGUCUCCUCCGGCAAGGGCUGCGAAUCCUUUGAUUCGGGAUGCUCAAUUUAGGGAUGAUAAGGUUUUCCAAAACCAACCUUCUCCUUCAUCAAUGCUGUCUCCAUCAGCGGCAUCAGCACGCAAAGGAGGAGGUUGUGUGAGAAUGAACUUUGGGUUUAAGCCAGCUGCAGUUAGAGUAGAAGGUUUUGAUUGCCUCAACAGGGAUCGCCAGAAUUCAAGCAUCCCUGCUAUGGCCUAGAAGUCACAUAAACAGGAGGGGAAAAAAAUCGCCAAGUGUACAUAGAGAGAGGGAGAGGGAUCUACCAAAAAAAAAAAGCCCAUCAGUCUCGAAGGAAACCUAAGAAGACUUAUAAUUAACAAGAAGAGGGAAGAGUUUGUACCUUUUUGGGAGAAGAAGAGUCGAAGUGCUGGAAGGGGGAAGAUUAGUAAUGGUUCCUUGUGUAUAUAUGAUGUCUGUGUUUUUGUUCUUUCACCAGGUGAUCAUCUUUCAUCUUGGGCUGAUGAUAUCUGUUUUGUAAAGUAGAGAGAGUUGGAUUUUGAAGAAGAACAAAGAAGGGCAGGAAGGCCCUAGGAGAAGGGUGCAGAAGCCCUUUUAAUUGGGUGCUCUAGAUAGCUCUGUUGUAAUAUAAGAGAAGGAAUGCAGAAAGAAGGGAAGAAAGACACGCUUAGAUUCGUGGGACUGUGUCUAUUAUUUAACAGUAUCGUUUUUGGUGAUCACCAUUGGAGAUGCUAUUCUUAAUUCUGUAUAGGGAAGGAGAAAAAUCCUUUGGUGCUGGUGAUUGAAUUUUGGUCAGUGUGACUGCAACAAACCCCCCCUUGUAAAUGUAUUUUGGGUUUUAAUUUGGGAUAUGGCUUGGUCAAAGUAUAAUUUAUUAUGCUUCAUUCUUAUUGAUUGGCUUUCAUUUUCAAUACGUCGGGUGUUUUCUUGGACAUGCAGCCGAAGAAUAUGAUGAACAGGUCAAGUAUGGCGGAUGGGGA